AUGGUCAACUCAGCGAACCAGGUAGACCAAGAGCAGAUGAAUGAUGCUCGACAACAUCCGGACGACCCGAAUUUUAUGCCGAUGUACAACAACUCCAAGCACAGGUUCUCCAGCAGCGAGAUCGCCGACCUCUGGCAGGAGUUCAGGGAGUUCGACGAACACAAGAGCUUCGGGUUGUGCUUCGAGCAGCUACAGAACCUCAUGGUGGCGCGAGCAAGAACGGUCUUCCCCCAUUCGCCAUCAGUCUCCUCGGCCACCCUGAGCGAGGACUCCGAGGAGAGGUGUGCAGUCGGGGAGGUCAACCCCUACCUUCAGAGUCCUGUGGACAUGGGUAAGCAUGCAGCGGAGCGGAUGUGGGAUAGGAUGAUAGAGAUCAACCCGGGGAAGAAGAAGAUGUCAUUCGCCGAGUUCCUCGAGUGGAACGAGCGGUACUCGGACACGAACCUGCUCUCGACGAGCCCGGCGUCGACCAUCUCGUCGGCCAGCCCGGUUAGGCUGAUCCAGAAGGACGAGCAGGCAAACGAAGAGGACUUGAGGCAGCUGUUUGAAAACAGCAGGCGCAAGUCGUUCCCGGGCUUCGCAGGUAUCAUGAGGAAGAAAAGGCAGGGGAAAAGAUCGGCCAACAUUGAAGACUUGAAGACCCUCCCCAGGGUCAACCCACCGCCUUCUCCCACGAGGCUCCUAGCUCGGGGAAGGAGCGGGAGGAACUCGGCGACGAGCAGCAUGUGGGGAGGGGACGCAGUCUCGUCCUCCGUCACCACAGAGCAAGCUGAGCCGGCAGGCCUAAAGCAUUCAAUCUCAGAGCCUACUGAACGGGAACGUUUCCGUGCAUUGACAGUGGAUGUCGGAAAAAAUGGAGCACAAGUGGAGAGGGACAAUGUCACCAUUGAUAGGCCGUACACAAGAAGUCUUGACUCGAUCCCGAAAGAACUUACUAGGGAAGGUGAAGUUCAAGGAUGUAACAGGAGCAAGCAUGUGCUGACAAGGAAGCUGUUCAGAUUCUUGUGGAAGGCGCAGUACGAGCAUACCAUCCUCUCCUACGCGGGCCCUGAACUCUCUGUGGAGAUUUUUCUCUCGAAGUGUGAAGAAGUGGAAUGGGGCCGAAGACCUGAGUUGACGUGA